AUGGUUGCGGUCACUGACACCAAUCGGUCUCCUAUCAUUGGGAUCCUAGCCUUGCUUUUCGCCGUAAUUUCGACAUUAUCUGGGGCUGCACGGCUGGGGAUCAAAUAUGCCAUCACCAGAAAUCUCACGGUGGAUGAUCACCUGAUCUCUGUGUCAAUGGCCUUCAGUGUACUACAGACAGUAUGCAUUACAAUUGCCGCGCGCAAUGGCUAUGGAGAGGCAGAAAGUGCUUCUUCACAGGAGCGGAUAGACAUAGCUCUGAAGGUACACCAUCCGUUUUCUCCGGAUGAAUUUGUCGCUGACGUAGUGCAGGCUGUUUAUGCCGCUGAAAUGCUAUAUGUUGCAAGCUUGACAUUCUCGAAACUGAGCUCCCUGGCGUUCAUGACAUUUCUCAUGCAGCGCACUCGCAAGGCUGAGUGGGUACUCAUUGCAAUAAUCAGCGCGUGGGCUGUAGCGGCGGAAUUCGCCGUAGCUUUUCAAUGCGAUCUUCCGCAGCCGUGGAGAUGGAACCAGAAGAGGUGUUUCGAUCGUGUAAAAUACUAUACACUUACCAAAUGCGAAGAAUUUAGACUAACUUCACCAGGAUGCAUGUAUGCUCAUACUCCGAAUUCAGAUGGCGGUUCCGAGGAAGAUAGUUGCCACCGCCUGCUUUCUCACUCGCUUCUUGUAUGCUCGCUGGUGACUUCCCGUUCGACGUUCGUGGAUCCCUUGCUAGCUAUUUGGAAGGCCGCCGUCUGCGUCCAGUUGGUACAGUGUCUGUCAAUUGUUAUGGCGUGUGCUCCGCAUCUGAAGCCGUUCAUGGAUGGAUUGCAGUCCACCGGUCUCCGAUUAUACCACCUCCCAGGCGAGACGUCUGGACGCGGGGAGUACGCUCGCGUGAGCAAAGCAAAGGCUGCCGCACACGAGCUCAGCGGGCUCGUUGGUGUGGCUAACAGCACCGCAAUCUCUGCAGGGAGGGAACAACAGGAUUGGGACGAUACCAUGAGCCACUCCAGUCAGGAUCAUAUCAUUCGAGAAACUAGAACAUGGGUCGUAGAAGAGCAGUACAACCCGGAUGCUGCGACGAAUCGACCGACAGACAUUUCGGACGCGGAGGGUGGCCCGUAA